CAGGCGCCCUCCUCUUCCAAGCUCUCUGCAACACGCCCAAGUGCAACAGCCCCUUUCGUCGCCGUGCAAACGCAACCGCGCCGCUGGAGAGACAAACUGGGUUAUAGCAACCUUCCUCCCCCUCCAGCCAGCAUCCGUAGCCCAGCAGUCGGCCAACCGCGCCACUGGUACAGCGGCAGCAGCAACAAAGAGCGCAGCAGGACUGUUCGCGGCGGGGGAUACUCGUUCGUUGUCUGUCCGUCUGUGUCGUCGUCGGCCGAGAGACCACGUGCUCCGCAAAGCGCGAAGACAAACCGUGCGAAUCGGUCGCAAAACGCCGCGGGAAGCGCUUGGGGCGUCGACGUCAUCGACACCGUGCAACGUGGUGACCGCGGAUGCUUGCAGCGCCUUGAUAGUGUGGACGCCGAUACGUUCAAUAAACCUGGCAGACGGUCGGAGGCCCGGUCGGACACAGCCUCGUCCUAACGUCGACGGAGUGCGCCCAGCCUGCUGGUCUCUUCCACUGACGUGUCCGCAGUUCGGAAGGUCGAGGAGAAGCGGAGGUUGAAGAUCUGCCACCACCACCACCAGUGGACCACGUGAGAACCCCCUUGUGUUUAGAUGGCUGUGUAGUCUCGGUUUGCAGGGUGACCCCAUUCAGUGACCAAAAGCGUGUUUAGUCGGAGUUCAAUCAAACUGCUGCUGGUAUACGUGCGUGCUGGUAUUGGUGCGCUUUCCGCAGAAAGUUAUACGUGAAGGGUAUACACACGACGCGGACUUGACGAAGUAGGAGCUUGCCUUCGAAGAAGAACAAGGGGACGUCGGUGCGCGCGAAGACCAUCGCGAGGAGGUCGCCGGUUCGACUGUCAGCGGGGAGCCGCUUGUCUUAACCGAAGACGCACAAGCGCGCCACCAGCCUGCGGAUCUGAGACCACCAGUCGCGACAUGGCGCCGCGGGCGGCGACCAUCUCGAACUGCUCAGGAGUCCGCAAGACCACGGCGCUGGCGCCGGCGCUGCGGGCCGCCUUCUACGUUGCCUUGCUGGCGCUGACUUGCGUCCAGCCGGCCGACGCGCAGCAGGGCCUGCCGUUCGGCACGCGCAAGCUGGCCUUCUCGGCGAACCAGUUCGGGCUGGACCUGUACCGGGCGCUGCGGGACGCCGGGGCCGAGUCGCGCCAGCCGCAGGCCGAGGGCAACGUGGCCCUGUGCCCGUUCUGCGUGAGCUCCUCGCUGGGCAUGCUGCUGCUGGGAGCCCGGGGCUCGUCGGCCAUGGCGCUGCGCCACGUGCUCUACCUGUGGGGGAUGCAGCACGUGCACCUCGCGGUGCGCGACCUGUCCGCGCACCUGGCGCACAACCUGAGGGACGCCAACCUGCUCAUAUUCAGGAGUCUGUACGUGCAGCGUGACUUCGGCGUCAAGUACCCGUUCCAGCGGUCGCUGUACCACUUCUACAACGCGUCCGUCCACUCGCUGGACUUCGCGGCCAACGCCGAGGAGGCGCGCCAGCACAUCAACGCCGUGGUCGAGAAGGCCAGCCACGCGCAGCUGGCCAACCUGCUGCCGGACACGCCGCCGCCGUGGACGCAGCUUCUGCUCCUGUCCGGCCUGCACCUGGACUCGCACAUCGAGCUCGACUUGGUGCCCGCGGAAGGGGUCCGCUGGAAGGCCCAGCCGCUGCUCGACCCGGUGCCCCCGACGCUCCUACAGCUCGGAAGACGGGCCGACACCGCCUCUUUGGAAGACACGACCGCGGCGGCCGCGGAAGUGAUCGAGUCGCUGGGCGGAAACCCGGCGAUGCUGGAGGCCCGCUGGACCCGGGUCCGGUACGCCCGCCACGACUACCUCAACUGCACCGCGGUCGAGGUGCCGCUAGCCGGCGGCGGGCUGGUCUCCCUGCUGACCCUCACGCCCAACCAGCACGACGACAUGGGCCUGCUGGAGACGCGCCUCAGCGCCCAGAGGAUCAGCGACAUCCUCGGCGACAUGCACGUGCGAAGGGCAAACGUCAAGUUGCCCCGCAUCAAGAUCGAGCACAGCCACGAGAAUCUGACCCAGUCACUGGCACGCAUGGGCCUCGCCUCGCUUUUCGGCCCCGGCAGGGCGCAGCUGUUCGACAUGAGCGACGUGCCCUGGCUGCACGUGACCAACGUGGUGCACAAAACGUCUCUGGACAUCAAGGGGCCGCGUGCAACCGUCGCCGGUGGUGGCGGCCAGGUGGCGCCACCGCCGCCAAAGCCGAGCAACCGACGCCGCGAGCCGGCGUUUGUCGGCCCCUCCGAAGAGACCAUCGACAUCGUGCUCGACAGGCCGUUCCUUUACUUCGUCGUGGACAACGUCAGCGGACUGGUCAUAGCCAUGGGCAAAGUGCUGAACCCGUAAACAGUUUCGGCGUACGUGCUUUCACAAGCAUACCGCCUGCGCAAGUGUCUAAAAAAAGACAUGCAGCCAAGAAGCCUAGAGCCAGUAUGGCCUGCUGGCACUAUUGAAUUACGAUGUUUAACGCAACAAAUUUAGCGACAAUGUAUUCAGUAAUGUGCGGAGUGCAACCGCCACGGUCAGAAAUCACUCGCUACCUAUAACUCCUCCUCAGAAGGGGAACACCAUGGACCCACCGCAGCGGAUGCAGUGCAUGCAUACCACGUUGCCCACAGGGCUGUCAAAUGACAGCCCAAGGACAAAUUUACGAUUUAUCUAUAAACACUAGCAAUGCUGCGACGGACAUGUCUAGCCACAAUGUUCAUAAAUACACCUAGGCAUCGACCUGCAGAGACGCAGGACGAUGUCGAACUAAGCGCUUCGUCAUACGGCAACGUGCAUGAAAGCUGUACAACGGAUAAGUACGGCCAAAUGUACAGCGUUGGAGCGCAAGCCGUCACGUGACAUGCCUUGAAUGACCACUUUCGGGCCAGUAAGUCGGUGGGCAGAGCGCUCGUCGCUCCAGUGUGGCAAGUCGGACGCCACGUCACGCAAAACUAUUCUCGAAAGUAAAAAAAAAAGCCCGCCACGUGGGUCAGCCUUUGCACUUCAUAAAACGGGUGCUGCUGCUGGGUGUGCAAGACAAGCGCUGUUAGAUUUAGGUUAGGGGACAGAAGAGGCCUGUGGUCCGCUAGACUGCGAGCUUCUUGAGUCUUGCAAUCUACUUGACAACUGCACGCAACACACUUCUUUAGGAAGAGCCUGGCUUGCCAAUUAAAAUCACCGCAAUGGUAUGCACUCGGCACACAGUAUUGUGUGCAGUGCAUCACACAGACAGGUGGGUUUGACAUCAACCGUACUUCAUAAAUGCUGCAGACAAACCAUCUUGCACCGACAUGCUUUCUGGAACUACGUAUCAUGUAUCCACUGGUCGAAGCAGCACCAUCAUUCAAGACAUCAUGCCAUCAUUGUCCAUGUCAAUAAAAUGUGAAACUUAUUCCAGAA